AGGGAGGGGGAGAUGAGAACAUUUUUUCUUUUUUCACAGACCAUUGUAAGCAGUCAGAGAGGCAAAUAGUGAAGUGCAGAGGAGAGCAACAGGCAGUCGUCUCCAGAGAGAGCCUGAGAGCAAUGCUCAGUCCACUGACAACAACUCAACAUCCGGACAGUAAGGAAGAGGGAGGUUUUUCAUACUGCAGCCUGCCCUGGGGCCUCAGAAAUCAUCUGCCUUCCUCACAGAUAUGCCUGCACCACAUACUGAACCAAGGACAAAGUUUCUUCACUGCAUGUAGUCUGACUUGCUCAUGGACACUAUAAGUCCUCUAUGCCAUACCAUCUUUAACCUGCUGGAUCAAGGGAUUCAAUUUGGAGUUUCACUGUCCACAAGUUUCUAGGAAGUCUUGGAAGUUGUUUUCCAUGCAAGUCUUGUCAAUAUGCUGCCUGUUGUUUUCGUGACAUGGUGGGUCUGGGUGUUGCUUGGAACCGUAGGGGGACAGUCUCAAUCUCAGCAUCAGUCUCAGACUGAGGACUCAAACCCCUGGAGACAGAUGAUUCAAUGGGAGAACAAUGGACGAGUGUACAGUCUUCUCAACAGUGGGGCUGAAUACGUCCCAGCUCGGCCUCAGGAGCGUAACAGGAACCACCGAGUGCUACUAGCGGACACUCCCAACAGUAGAUCACAAGGUGGGAAUGUACGGAGACAAGCACCCUCAAGAGGAAGCUCUGAGACUGUGAGAGGCCAAGCCAGACACCCCUUUGGCUUUGGCCAGGUGCCGGACAACUGGCGUCAGGGUGCAGCUGGGACAGGUGAAACAAGUCGUUUCCAGUCAUCUACCGGCUCUCGUUUUAGACAAUCCUCUGGUUCUUCUUCCUCCUCCUCCUCCUCCUCCUCAUCAUCCUCUUCUUUUCAUGCACAGUAUCCGUUCCCUCAACAGCCACCUUAUGCUGCUCCUUAUGACUCAGUUUUGGACAGGUCAUAUGAACCCCCCUUCCGUGGAACUGGGCACUCCACGGGCACUGGUGGUGGCUUCGCCAGAGGAGGAUACGGAGGGGGUGGGUACUCUGCCAGCAGUUUUGGAGGAGGAAGCUAUAAUGGAGGGGGUCCUGCAACUGAUGAGAGGUAUCGUUACUAUUCCCCUUACAGUCAAACCUACCCUGUUGCUCCUGCACAACCUGCACAGCCAUCAAUCUCUGAUGGAUUGGAUCACAGAUACACGCACAGCCUGUACAAUGAGGACUCUCGAGAUAGCGGUAAUGCUGCACUACCUGUCUCUAAUGGUGCCUCAAGCAACACAGGCUCAUCCCUCCAGCCUGCAGUGCAAAGCCCCCAAUACGAACAAUUUCCACCCUUUGGAAGGCCCCAGCCACAGCCUCCGUUUAUACAACCACCUCCUCGCAACCCUCUCGUCUCCAACAACGCAGAAAGCCCCAACAUGAAUGCAGGGAGUGUUUAUCGUCCUCAGCAAAGAGGUUUGCCUGACCUGGUUCCUGACCCCAACUAUGUCCAAGCCUCCACAUACGUUCAAAGAGCCCAUAUGUACUCCUUACGCUGUGCAGCAGAGGAGAAAUGUUUGGCUAGCUCCGCUUACAGUGCUGACGCCACAGACUAUAGCGUCAGGGUUCUUCUGCGCUUCCCUCAGAGAGUGAAGAACCAAGGGACGGCUGAUUUCAUGCCCAACCGACCUCGUCACACCUGGGAGUGGCACAGCUGUCACCAGCAUUACCACAGUAUGGAUGAGUUCAGUCACUACGAUCUGUUAGAGGUCAGCUCUGGCCGGAAGGUGGCCGAGGGACAUAAAGCCAGUUUCUGUCUGGAGGACACGACCUGUGACUUCGGUCAUCUGAAGCGUUACGCUUGUACUUCACAUACACAGGGUCUCAGUCCAGGUUGCUAUGACACAUACAAUGCAGAUAUUGACUGCCAAUGGAUUGACAUCACUGAUGUUCAGCCAGGAAACUAUAUACUCAAGCUCCAGGUGAACCCAAAGUACUUGGUGCUCGAGUCGGACUUCACCAACAAUGUCGUCCGGUGCAACAUCCACUACACGGGCCGCUUUGUCAAAACAACAAACUGCAAAAUCUCCCAGUCAUGAUCUGUCAGAUCUGGAUGAAUCUCUAUGGAUGCGCUGUUCCAUUGCAAUGUGAAUGGUGUCGCUGUGAUUGUUUAUUGUAUUUGUCUUGGUUCCCGUUUAUCGUGAACCUGGAUUCAGCUGGCGCCGAGAGGAACAAGCACACAUACGGUCACCCUCACACACACGGCAGACCGACGUCUGUUUUCUUUCCUGUUAUCCCUGGCUUUUCAUAAAAACACACACAUGCUGCCCCCAAUUAAGUCUAAUUCCUUCACCAUUUUUAAGUGGGCUACAUUGCUGGAAUGCAAAGCGCGAUUAUUGAACUGCAAUUCCGUAAUUUAGAUCAGGAAAAUCAGCAACUGGAAACAAUCCUUCUUUUUUCCCAAGCCUCUCUCUUUGUCUGUGCCACUUCAGCAAAGGUGCAAUACUGAAAACGGCGUAUGAGAGAUCAGCCAGCCUGUCAAUCAUCCUCACCAAUUAAGUCAAAAGUGGUUUUAGUUUGAAUGAAGGCCCUGGGAAAAAAAAGAAAAAAAAAAAAAAUGAAAUGGCUUUGGGAUUAAAGCACUUUGAAUAAAAGCCUUGAAUCCAAAAGCUGGAAGCAGUUUAUCAAGCUGUUUUUACCUUGGAGGCUUAUUUUAGUCUUUUACUUAACCUGCUGCAAUUUACAUUAAAUUAGCUUGUAAUGUUGCCUUGUAUGUCAGUCCACUGAUAGUUCUAUAAUACAAACUCGACUAUACUUGAGACGUCCCCCUACGAGCUGUGCCAGUGUGGAUAAAUGAUUUUUAGUGAUUAGAGGAAUAUUCUGGGUUCAAUACAAGAACAAAUAAUGUCUAAAUCAAGGUUAUGGUGAGGCGCUUACAAUGGAAGUAAAUUUUUGGAUUAUUUAAAAGCAAAAAUGUAAAGCUUUUCAUUUCAUAAAAGCACUUACAUGCUUCUGUUAAAAAUUGUGCAUUAUUUUAGCUAUAAAGCUGUUUAAGUUAUAAUUUCUACAGUUUUAGGAUUUAAAGCGUUGUCGUGUCAAGAGAUUUUUUUUUUUUUUUUCCGCACGAAAAUCAUAUUAACACUGCAAAAAAAUAUUUUCUUAUUUAGUAUUUUUGUCUUGUUUUCCAGUAAAAAUAUCUUAACAUUCUUAAAUCAACAGACAUUCACUUGAGAAAAUGGCUUAAGAAAUUAAGUUUUUUUUCUUUUCUUUUUUUUUUUUUUAAGUGAGUUUGUGCUUAAAAUCAGAACAAAUAUCUGCCAAUGGGGUCAGAAAAAUAAACUUCAGAAAAGAAAACAAGAUUAUUUUCUGACCGCUCUGACAGAUAUUUUUUCUUGUUUUAAGCAUGAAGUCACUAAAUUUCCAUAUUUUUUUCAGUACACAAGACUUAAUUAUAGAAGCUUGUUUCUGCCACUAAAUAAAAUAAUUAAAAAGGUAAUUGCAACUUUUUAUCUCACAAUUCUGACUUUUCUCGCAAUUGUGAGUUAUAAAGUCAGAAUUGCGAUUUUUAGUCGCAAUUCUGACUUUAUAAAUCUCGCAAUUCUGAGAAUUCUUUUUUCCUCAGAAUUGUGAGAUAUAAAGUCAGAAUUGCGAGUUAUAAAGUCAGAAUUGUGAGAUAUAAACUUGUAAUUCUGAGAAAAAAACCAUCAGUCUUUUUUUCCCUUCACGAUUGGACAUUAUAACACGCAAUUGAGAGUUCACAAUUCUGAGAUAAAAAGUCAGAAUUGUGAGAUAUAAACUUGCAGCUCGGUCAGUGCACACGAGUGCGAGCACGAGCAGUAAGUUACUGGCUGCAGUUCACUUCAUGGCCACCGGUGUCGCUAAUAACAAGGGUUUCUGAAUUCUACAUAGAUCCCCUUUAAGUCAUUUUGCUUCUCAAGUAAAUGUAUCUUGAUUUAAAAAUGUUUAGAUAUUAGUAAUGAAAAGCAAGACAAAAAUACUGAUCGUUCUUGCAGUGAACAACACACAUUGCUGUGUGGCUGUACUAUUGAAACAGUGAGUAUUUUUGGCCCCAUUCACUUCCAUUAAAGGGAUAGUUCACCCCAAAAAUGAAAAUGCUGUCAUCUUUUACUCAUCCUCUAGUUGUUCCAAACCCGUAUGAGUUUCUUUCUUCUGCUGAACAGAAAAGAAGAUAUUUUUAAGAAUGUCGGUAACCCAACAGUUAAUGGAAGUCAAUGGUGCCCCGCGACUGUUUGGUUACCGAUAUUUUUUUCAAAAUAUCUUCUUUUGUGUUCAGCAGAAGAAAGAAACUCAUACAGGUUUAGAACAACUUGAGGGUGAGUAAAUGAUGACAGAAUUCCCUGGGAAUCAAACCCAUGACCUUGGCGUUGCUGGCGCCAUGAUCUACUGUUUAAGCUACAGGAUUGUAUUGUAUUGUACUAAACCGAGUAAUAUAGUUUGCAAACCUUUCAUUUUGAGAUUAACUUGUGCUGUGUGAAUCCUGACAUCCAUGUUGGAUCAUAUCUAUUGUUUCUUUAAUUGCCAACACUGGUCAGCCGCCACAGGUCACCGUAUGCUUCAUAUGAUACAGUUAACCCACUGAUGCAUGCCAUUAGCUAUAGGUUUAUUUUAUCAUAGUGUACUCAUAUCCACUGUUCUUAUGUACUGUGUGGAGGGAAAUACUGUACUUGCUGUGUUACACUCCAGGAAUUCAUGUUUCUUUGUAUCUGAAAUUGAGAUUUAUGCCUUGAUUUGUUAAAUCGAACACAGAUGAUACUACUGUUGCAAAGCUAACAUUGCAUACUUUGAUGUUACUGACAAUCUUAACUCCAUCCGUACCUACCUCGGAAAGAGAAACCGUAUUUGCAGUUAAAAAGGGCUCCAUGUAAUGCUACACUUGAAGAGCCUUAAACGACAAACAUCCGUCUGCAUACGUUCUGCAGUAUAAGCAUGCUAUCAUCAGCUAAUAAAUGCAUACAAAACCUCUAAGAAGCUUUCUGUGAGGGUCGUCACAUAUGUUCGAUGUGAAUGAAACGUGUGUUUUGAUGCAUCAAACCCUUCAACCAAAGCUAAAUGAAUUCCUUUCUGCAGUGAGCAGUUCUUCAUUCACUCUGCCUGGUUUACAGUCUGGGAAAAGUGUUGUCCAUUAUUAAGAUCCAGAUCAAAUGCAGAACAGAUUUUGUUUUAUCGUAUCUCUUUAUACUCUGUAGAAAUGAUUAUUAUAACAUUGUUUAUAGUGUAGACAGUCUGGUUGCGAUCUGGUUUUGUGGUCCAGGACAGGUGCACACAUCCAUCUCUUUGAGCUGUUGUUAUUUUUGUUGUGGUCGUCUCUUAUUCUUUGUGCUCUGAAUCAUCUGUCCUUAAAUACUGGAUCUUUAAAUAAAGACCGAAGUGUAUACCA